UAGCGCAACCAGGAUAACAUCAUCGAGCCUAUUAGCGCAUCCUCACUUGAAUCAUUCGCCCAAGCUGACUGGUUCAAUGUGAGACAAAAGGUGCUUUUCGUCUUAUCUCCCUUCCCCCCAUCCCUUCUCUUUUUCCUUCUAAACUUCUUCUUCUCUUCUUCCUCUGCGGCUCCCAAGUGAGUCUGCUGUCUUCGGCCAUGCACGAUGGAGGCGGAUUAUAGACCGAAUGUCUAUGCUUCUAUCUUUAUUACCCUGCCGCUCGCUGCGCUGGUGCUGGUGCUGAGACUCGUGGCGAGACGGUCGACGAGGGCGGGUUAUGGUAUUGAUGAUUGGUUGGCCGUUGUUGCGUUUAUUGGAGCGCUCGCGUACUCGGUUGACAACCUUGUCUUUCUUUUUGCCUUCGGUCUCGGCCGCCCGUUGGAAGAUGGCCCGUCGCAUCUCACCGAAGAAGAACGGCUCGAACGAUCAUACCUCCUCAUUUGGCUCAGCAGCCUGGCGUACACCAUCGGCAUCGGCUUCGCCAAGUUCGCCAUCUUGACAUUUUACUGGCGCCUCUUCAAAUAUUCUAGUUCGCGCAUCGCAAUCCAAGUUGUCUUUGUGCUUUGUGUCGCAUGGUUCAUCGUCCGUAUACUCCUCUUGACACUGUCAUGUAUGCCGACGUCAGCCUACUGGGAUCUUGCCCGACGAACUACCCAUUGCCAUGUCACGAGCAAUAUUUAUUUCUUCUCCACUGGUUUAACGCAUGCUGUUUUGGAUAUUGCCAUUCUUGUUCUCCCGCUGAUUGAAGUCAUCAAAAUGCAUCUUCCGCUUGGUCAAAAACUUGCUGUCAUGGCCCUCUUCGGCUUCGGUGCUCUUGUUUGUGUUUUGACGAUUCUGGUCAUCCAUAAUUCCUUCGAGUUCAAUGGAAGUUCAAAAGAAAUCGCCCUCAAGAUCGGUUAUCACGGGUCUUUGGCUGCGGCCGAAUGCAAUCUCGCCAAUGUUUCGGGUAUAUCACCCCGGCCCAAAUCGUGAACCUCAAUUGACAUGCAGCAGUUUCGCUACCAAUGCUGCGACCCGUAUUUCGAAAGAUGGUACCCUCUUCAUUCCUUGCCUCUCACAGAAGUAAGCGCGCAGUCAUCGACUCAGCACUAUCACCAGAAUACGGCAUCAAGGGCAGUCGCGGCACUGAAGCAUCAGUACAAAACGACUCAAGUUCCGUGUGUGAAUUUGCAAUGAACGAUGAUAUCCCCGCGGGAUACGAUAUUGAGGCGUCACAUGCUGGGUGGAGUUAUGGCACAGAGAUCACAAUCUCGAGUCCUUGGAGACAUCAAACGCCUCCAUCGACAGUAAACGAAGGAUUGGAUGGGAUACAAAUAUCUGAAGAAACAACAGUCCACGUUGAGCGCAUAGGGCCUUAUCCAUAAUCGGCUCAGUAAAUGAAUAAUAUUAAUACUGCUUCAUUGAAAUCAUAACUAUUUGCGCCGUGAGGCACCUUUUACUGUAAUCUCAGACUACAGCUU